GUAAUACAUGUAGUCUAUUAUCAUGAGACGGAGACAGUCAAGCAAUAGCUCGCUUCGGCUAGGCACACUUCGGAGAUGCGGACUUUGUUUGCUCGCUGUGAUUUUCGCUAUCGUCCUUACGUUUCUUGGAAUCCAAUUGCUUCGCAAACAGUUUGAGUCCAAAUCGACGCUGAAGGACGCAUGCUUACGGAGUUACAAAGGGUGGAGCUUGGUUCUGCCAUGGGCCAACCAAGUUGACCUGCUCCACCAUGACCGCGCCUGCCUUCAAGCGCACCUGAAAGCCCAUGGAGCCCCGGAUCUGGGGAAGGGCAAACCCACUCGCGGAAUCGUGUACAGUGGCGGGGGUCGCGACCAAAUGUCCAACAUCAUCGUGAAUGCGCACUACAUCCGCCACACGCUGCGUAGCCAGAUGCCCAUCGAGGUGUUCUACUACGGUGAUCAGGAGAUGCCGCACGCCCUGGCCAGCAUGCUCAUGGACGCCUCGCUGCAGCCGCUGCGUCUGGCCGACACCUCCUACAAGGACUACCCCACCUGGCAGCGACCCACACGCAUGUUCAGAUGGAUGCCGAAGAUCUGGGCGCUGUACCGCGGCACCUCCUUUGACGAGGUGCUGCUGCUGGACGCGGACAGCGUGCCGCUGGUGCAACCCGAAGAGCUGUUCGAAACCCCCGCCUACGUCGCCACCGGCAGCCUCUUCACACCCGACUACUGGACCAACUGGGAGAUGAAGGACGAGCUGUACACAACUUUUGGGCUCCAGCCGCCUUACGAGGGCAACCCCAACUUCAAGAGCAUGGAGAGCGGCCAGCUUGUCUUCAACCGCCGCAAGCUGUCAGCCGUACUGGAAUGGAUCUGGUUUAUCAACGCCCACCACGAUGUCACCUACAGCUGGAUGUACGGCGACAAGGACAGCUUCCGGCUGGGCUUCGCGCUGGCGGGCGCCCUGGAGCAGUUCAGCCAGAGCCCCACCUGGCCCUCGCUGGCGGUCACGCAGGCCUCGCCGCAGGGAGGCACGGACUUCCAUGGCAAGCCCGUCGACUACCACCACAGCGUGGUGGUGCAGUACGGCUGGGCAGGAGAGCCGCUGUUCGCGCACCAGCUCAAGUUCUGGCCCAAGGUAGUUUCGGGCCCGGGGGCUGAGGAGGGCAUUGACGUGACGCUGCCCGAGUGGGUCACCGUGCCGUCCUCCCACGCCCGCCUGUUCACGCUGCUGGAGAUGGGGUGCCUGGGCAUCGGCAAGGAGCACGCAGACGACACCUCCUACGUCAAGUGCAUGGGGCGGCACACGUGGCCCACUGCCUCCGUCAACACGGUCGUGGACGUUUGUGGCUGGCGCGACGGCCUCAACAGCAGCACCCCCAUCCCGCUGUUCCCCACCCGGUGGCUGGGCGGUCUGGAUGGAGGCCUCAAGGCUCUGAGCGACACCUUCAAAAAGCUGCGACACGAGAUCGAGAGCGCGCGCAGCGAGCCCCUGCUGGUCAAGUCGGUGGGCCGCCGCUGAAGAGUUGAGAGUGGCAAGGGGUGCGGAGGAAGCGAUAAGGAGGGCCCUGGGCCCAGGCUGAGGCUGGGACUGGGAGGAUGUGAGCAGGAGGUGCUGAUGCUGGUGGCUGACCGUGACGUUGGUGCCCCACUCGGUGGCACAUUGCAAGCGCAGCCGUGGCAAUUGGGCAUGGUGAUGGAGUUGCCGGUGUGUACAUGGGGUAAUGGGGGAAAUCAACAAGAUUCGAAAGUCCAAGCUUCGCGGGCGGCGACGCAUGCGGAGAUUACCCAAGAUGGCGCUCAUGGCUGCCAAGUGCCAUCGGUGGGAGGCGUGCACAGCGCUCCCGCCCGUGGAUGGACGGCGACCAACCCUAUAUGUUCGUAUGAUUGAAGGCAUGGAUGAAGUCAUAGAUGUGACGAGCAGGAGGAGCGAACUGUGCUUGAACCAAGGUUGCGGUGGCGCCCGUGGCAUGGAGUUGUGACGAAAUGACGAGAGCGCGAAUGGGAGUGACGCGACCGCGAGAACUGCCUUCGGCCUUUGGGCCUACGCAAGGAGGUAUGGGGUAAUGGGGCGUGCGGAGCCCAGUUGGGGAUUGCGGUGUCAGGGAUGUGUACAAUGUUUGGUGAUGGACAGUGAUGGGGCCGACACAAUAGGGAGAAACGUACGUGCGCAUUCAUCCAUGCGCGUUGGAGGUGUGGCAGUCAAGUUGUGAUGGGACACGGUAAGGGGCAGGUUGGCGUGGUCCCGUGGCAGUCACGGUGGCAGUUUUGUGGCCGAGACAUCUGGGACGCUUGUACUGCGGAGUGCGGACCUGCAAUAUCUGCCCGCUGCAUGUCAGGAAGACAUUACCGUUGCUGUGCUGUAAAUUUUUAUGCUG